CAAACAAUCGAGAGCAGGUCCCAGCUCCGGAGUUCCGCCCGACUCUCCAACCGAAAUAACAGCGAUCGGCGACGGGAGACCCUGUUUUUCCUCUUGAAAGAAAGUCCAUAUUCAAAACCCCAAUAUAAGAUUCCCAGUAUUUCAUCCAAAAGCGGCCAUGAAAGCUGGCUUGAAAAUGUUCUCCCUAUCCGGAUCAUCCACCUUUAAUGUCACCUCCUUGUCUUCUUCUGCUGCUACCUCGACUUUCCCUUCUAUUCAAUCGCUAAGUUCUUCUUUUUCCCCAAUAUCUCCGCUGACUGCCGAUUCCUUGAGAAUUCGACCUGCAUCGUCUAUUGGGUUCCCGAUUUUCAGCGGAGGAAGGCGAAGCCUCUGCAGCGCUUCUGCUUCCAUGUCGGGAAAUGGGUCGCCUUCUUCAUCUUCCCAGGAGGGAUCAGACUCGUUUUUCAGGAGUGUUCUGGAAAACGUGGAAUCGGUUUACUUGAGCAGGAACCCCACAGCCAAAUCCAUCUUGGAGCUUGUUCAGUCGGCUGAUGGCGGUGAACGAAUCUGUUAUGAUCACCUUGCUUUCAGAACAUUUGGGGUGGAUGGUCAUGGGAUUGAUUCCAUGGCUAGUUUCUUCCUAGAUUAUGGAUACAAGCAAAUGGAAGAACUCAGAUUCCCUGCCAAGAAACUCAAAGCACUGUGGUUUUCACCACCUCCCAGUGUUUCAGCUGCUAAUGGUGGCAGCCGUAUCCACGGGCCGUUGCCAAGGGUCUUCAUAUCGGAGUUACUUGUUGAUCAAAUGAGUCCACAAGCUCAGGAAAUAAUUAGAAAGUAUGUCGAAAUCUCGAGCAGCGGAUACAAGUAUGCAGCUCUUGCAAGUGCUCUUGGAACUUUGACAUGGAAGAAGCCUAUGCAUUCUGAGUUUCAGCAGUUGGCAAGGGAGAGCGAGUAUGCUGCAUGGACCCUUGUCAAUGGCUAUGCUCUGAAUCAUGUCACCAUCUCCACUCAUCGGCUGAAAUCUAACUUGAGCCAGAUCAACAGUCUCAAUCGGUUCAUUGAAGAGAACGGCUUCAAAUUGAACUCUGAGGGUGGUCUCCUGAAAGUGAGCCCUGAUGGUCUUCUGCUGCAGAGCUCCACUGUUGCAGAUUCAAUGCCUUUCCGAUUUUCUGAUGGUGCUGUUGAACCAGUCCCUUGUUCCUACAUUGAGUUCGCAGAACGCCUUGUCUUGCCGCAGUACAAGAAUCUUCCAAAUGAUGAGGUUAAGGAGUUUCACAGGCGAGACGGGUUUGAGGUUGGAAAUGCUGAUAAGAUCUUUGAAAGCACAUCUCAAGAGCAAGUAACAAGAGCUGCAUGAGAAACAGUUCCAACUGCAAAUAUAAAAGGAUUUGGUCCUCCAACUGGUUAUUAUGGCCCUCAAGCAUCUGAAGGCUGCUUUACCUUCUUCUCUUGAUAAUUGCCUAGAAUAAAUGGUUUUAGCCUCUCAUUGUGAAAAUGCCUCCAAUGUAAUACAGUAAUCACAGUUGUCUGGACAGACUUCGUGUAUCCUAGUAGUUGAAAGAUGGUUAGCUGGAAACAAUGCCA